AAUCCAAGAUUCUCCCACAUCGAUAAAAAGUUAUCAUCUUCUUGAUUUGGAGCCUCCGUAUGAGUCCGUCGGUUUGGGGAUUAGGGUUAGGCGUCUCCAUUGGAAUCGAAACCGGGAUAAUUCGUGCCCGCCAAAAAAUGGGGCGACUGUACAUACAACACCUGAGCGGAGAAAAGAUAUACAAGUGCAAGUUUUGCAAGGUGGACUCGGCGUCUCACGAUGACAUCGUUUCCAAGGAUUUUCAGGGACGAUAUGGUCGCGCUUAUCUCAUGAAAAAUGUGGUAAACAUCUCCAUUGGACCCAAGGAACAACGUCAUUUAACUAGCGGAUUACAUACCGUGAAUGAUAUUUAUUGUAGCUCUUGCCAACAGUUACUCGGAUGGAGAUAUGAGAAAGCUUAUGAAGACAGUGAAAAAUAUAAAGAAGGAAUGUAUAUUCUAGAGAAAGAACGCACGUUGAAGGAUGGUUGGUGAUCAAUAUUACAAUUACAGCCAUUAUUGCUGGAACAGGAAGACAAAGUAAUGCAGCAACAUGCUUCUUUUAUGGCCAGAGGAUGGUCAUCUUCGUGAACAUGGAAGAGUAUAUUAUUUUUAGGUCGAUCGCAAAGGUAUAUUGUCGAUUCAGUAUGCCGAACUUCUGCAGACUCUUAAGGAACCCUACUGCGACAAGUCCAACUGAUUUUUCCACUUAGUGUUUAGGAUGAAACUCUAGGAGAGAAAAUACAAUCGUAGCAAAAAAAAAAAAAAAAAAAAAAAAAAAAAAAAACAUUGAUAAGGGGAUCAUACGUUAAACUGGCAAAAUAGUCUUAUCUGUUGGCAAUUUGUAUGUGUAGCAUGGACAAUUUUGUAUAUGGGAACUAUGUUGCUAUAAGAGGGAGAUAUAUUUCCUCCUUAAAGACAGGACUCGCAAGUUCCUGCAGAUUCUUACAUGAAUUUCUCAGUUUAGGGAUGUUGACGACUCGAUUUCAAGUGGUUGGCGGCUUCGCAAUUAGGACCCUCUUAAGAGUUGCGGAGGUGUGAUUCUAAUGUUGGAUGAGUUGGAGAUGUGGGCUUAGCUUCUAAUGGGUUGGCUAGUAUUGCAAAGGGUGGAAGUGAUGGUAAUGUAACUGAUGUUGAUACUACAGAUUGUCGCAAGCAAUGAAUGCCCUUUGUAGUC